AUGAACGUGGUUCUCACCUGUUUGCUUCUUGUGGCUUCCCAAGUCGCCGCUUUGCAUUUCUAUCUCCCCACGGGCCAGACCAGGUGCUUCUACGAGGACUUGAGCGCCCGCGCGUUGGUGGUGGGCAAGUUGGAAGCGUUUGAGUACGCUGAAAACGUCAAUGAUUACUUCAAGACAAACAACUUAAGGUUGCAGAUCACCGUGGAAGAGACCUUCGAUAACAACCACAGAGUUGUGGACCAGAAAUCCUCCCCGCUGGGAGACUUCACCUUCACCUCGUUUGAUGCGGGUGAGCACAGGUUCUGCUUGACCCCAACGUACACUGAUGGCACUCUGGGCAAAUGGCACAGAAUUUUCUUCGAUGUUGCCAUUGGUGCUGCUGAGGAUUACGCCGACUCCAAAUCUUCCCACAAGGUUGACGCGUUGACGUUGCAGAUCAAGCAGUUGAACGAAAAGUUGAGGGAGAUCAACUUUGAGCAAGAGCUGAUCAGAGAAAGAGAGGCAGAGUUCAGAAACCAGUCUGAGAGCACAAACUCCAGAGUUGUGUGGUGGAGUAUCAUCCAGUUGUUCGUGUUGGUGGGCACUUGCGCAUACCAGUUGCGUCACUUGAAGAGCUUCUUUGUCAAACAAAAAAUCGUGUAA